CAACAAUAACAAACGGCAUUUACUGCGCUUCCGUUGCCCAUGACACCGGAGCGAAGUUCUGACAGCUUAUUCUCCAAACAGUUUAUAUGCACCCCGAGCCCACAAAUCAUCCCUUUUGAAGUUAUCUACACUCGGACGUGCCUCCUAUAACCUCCGGCUGGAGUUGCGGACAGCGUCUUGAACGGAGGAGGGCGGCUGAUUAUGGUGUAGCACGGAGCGCUAGCUCUGAGACAGCAGGCUUUGGAGCAGCAGUGCAGUGCAGCAGAGUGCAGCGUGGGGCAGACCGAGGCAGAUCACAGCAGCGUAGUCAUGCUUACGUUGGCCAGUAAGCUGAAGAGGGAUGAUGGAGGAAAGGCGGGCCGUGCCCCCGGAGCCUCCGACUCCGCCCAUAGGAUCUCCAUCAGGGACCGCCUCCUUACCAAAGAAGUUGCAGAACUUGAAACCAAUCUCCCUAGUACAUGCAAAGCCAGUUUCCCAGACGAGGACAAGCUGCAUCAUUUUCAGCUGGCAGUGUCACCUGAUGAGGGUUACUACCAGAGUGGAAGGUUUCAGUUUGAAGUAGACGUCCCCGAAGCCUAUAACAUGGUGCCUCCUAAAGUGAGAUGUCUGACCAGAAUAUGGCAUCCUAACAUCACAGAGAAUGGAGAGAUCUGUUUAAGCCUAUUGCGGGAACACUCUAUUGAUGGCACAGGCUGGGCCCCAACUAGAACAUUAAAGGACGUUGUCUGGGGAUUGAACUCCUUGUUUACUGACCUGUUGAACUUCGACGACCCUUUGAACAUCGAUGCUGCAGAACAUCAUCUGAGAGACAAGGAGGAUUUUCGGAAUAAGGUUCAAGAUUACAUCAAGCGCUACGCCAGAUGAUAGACUCAUCGGCUACCUACAUUAGCCUGCACCAACCAACCAAACUGCUCUACCUUGCCUCUGCUUAUCUUGGCCAAGUCCCCCUCUCCCUCCACGUGUGUAAAUCAACAGCCGCCUCUUUGACUCUUACAACUCCCCUCUCGACACCACAGCCACGCCCUGCUGUUAACCAAUUGCAAUAAAUUCCACAUUGCGGGAACGAAUAAAAAAAAAAUUAUGCAUUUAGGUAAAGACUUAAGUAAAAUAUGCUUCAAUUAUCCUAAUCAAUUGAGUGUUGGACCACAAUGUCUGUUCAUUGUGACGAGAUUGCUGAAUAAGGCCGCCUCCCUGAGGUGUCCCUCUGAGCCUGUCGGAAAUGAGCCAUGGCAACGAUUGGCAAGGGAUGUGAUGAUUCACCGGCCAGUAAAAAAAAUAAAAUAAAGGAAGUGACGUUCAGCUGUUAAAAAAAAAAAAGUUCAUGAAUCAAGAGAAAGAAUAUCUGUUGCUGUCGGUCCUCUGUUCCAGUGCCUGCUAUGUUUGUGUCGCAAAAGAGAAAAUGCAUGUGAGUUCACACACAUAUAAACACACACUGUCACAUCCUGUUGUAAAAGCUAUCACAUACAUAUACACAGGUUUCUAUACACUUGUCUAUUAUUCACACACACUGAAGUUGGAAAACCGCCAGCCCCACUAGACAGCAUGUGAAUGAACACAUUGUCCCGUUCUUUUGUCAUUCUUCUUGCAUGUGCACACACACACAUACACAACACUCAACACAGACUUUCUGUUUUGAGUUUUCAGCUCCAGUGGGAUAAAGUACAACUUUUAAAAAAAAAAAAAUCAAUUUUUCCGGUUUUAGAUUCACCUUUCCUCUCCUCUUUGCCCUCACUCUUUUCUCUCCUCACUAUCCUUUCUUGUCUUUCCUCCACCUGUCUCUCUUGUUUUAGACACACACACAGACACACACACAACCACAGGUACCUUUUUUCAUUGACGAUGGAGAGGUUCAUACCUACUUACAGUGCAAUCAGAAAGUACCUUACUAUGGCAGUGACACAUUUUCGGUGUGUGGUCGCUCUGUGCUUUACAGUGGGUAUAUAAUUAAACAAUGACUACGAGUUUAAAGGACUGAUUUAGUUUUACAUCCAUAACAAACAGUGUAGGGAUUGGAGCUCUCUUUGUACAUAGUCCCCCAGGUUUAAUGGACAACGUGUAAUUGAACAAACAAUGUGAAAGGGGUCGGUUGUAGUUAUGAACCUACAGAGAAUUAUCACCCGCUCCCCUUCACCUUUUAUAGAAUUUGUAAGUUUUGGCUCAUUAUUUAGCUGUCCGGCCCAAAACUUUACUCUUUUCAUUUUCCUUUUUAAUGAAAAAGUUCUAAAAUCCCACUGCACCAUACAGCAAACGAACACAGUUAGCGACUAGCUGGUGAACAUAGUGGAGCAUUUAGCAGCUAAAGAGACAGAUAGUUCUGUUUAUAGUGUGUAUAAUUGGUAAAGACCAAAAAAACUGUCCAGAAACAAAUGAUAUUGUGGCUCUGUAACUACUGGAUGUGUAAGCAACUGUUAACGAGUUUGCCAUAUCAAUUUAAAAGGUGAUGAUAUUAGUGUUGGCCAUAAAAAAAAAAAAAUCCUAAAAUUUGGGGAUUAGGUAUAAAAGGCCACAAGUCCUACACCGUUGACCCGAAAUGGAUGUGAACAACUUAAAGCGUGCUAAAAGCUGAAAGUCAGCAUUUUAUCCUCAAAGUUAUUGUUUCAUAGCAUUGUCAUUGUGCUGCAGUACGGAAUAAAAGACAUUUUACCGUGCCACAACUUUAUGACUA